CCCCGGCGUGGAGCCUGCUGGAGCCUGGAGAGCAGCACAGAGCAGCUGGAGCGUUGUGGGCAGCCCCCUCUCCCUGCUCUGCCCCUCUGCCCAGCUCGGCUCCCGUGGGGCUCACCCUGCUGAGAUGCUGCAGGCAGGAGUCUGCUCCCAGCUCUGAGCAUGCACUGCCUGGCUGGGGCUGAGCAGAGCCCAGGUUGGACGUUUCACUGAGGCCCAGCUGCCACACCGUGUCCCUGUCCCUCCUUGCCGUGGCAGUGGAGGGCGAAGGGGACCCGGCGAGCAGGUGAUCGGCGGUCCUCGCCCCAGGGCAGGUGCUGCUCCCCGGGACCUUCCAGAGCUCGGGGAACGCGGAGGGGCCAUGCGGGCUCUCGGCAUCCUGGGCUGGCUGCUGCUGCUGCUGCUGCUGCCGCCGGUGCCCCAGGUGGCAGGUGCCCGACCCUGCAUCCCCAAGGAUUUUGGGCACGGCUCGCUGGUCUGUGUCUGCAAUGCCACCUACUGUGACACGCUGGACCCCCUGGUCGUGCCAGCCCCCGGCUCCUACGUCAAAUAUGAGAGCAGCAAGGCCGGCAAGCGGCUGGAGCGGAGCGAGGGGAAAUUCCAGAGCAGUCUGAGCACCCGAGGGCUGCUGCUGACGCUCAACAUCUCCACGCUGUACCAGCACGUGAAGGGAUUCGGCGGCUCCCUCUCCGAUGCUGCUGCCAUGAACAUCCUGAAGCUGUCCCAGCCGGCCCAGGACAACCUGCUGCGCUCCUACUUCUCCGAGAGUGGGAUCGAGUACAACCUCAUCCGGGUCCCCAUGGCGUGCAGCGACUUCUCCGUGCGCCCCUACAGCUACGAUGAUGUCCCCAAGGACUACGAGCUGAAGCACUUCAGGCUGGCGGACGAGGACGUGAAGAUGAAGAUUCCCCUCCUGCGCCGAGCUUUGGCCAUGAGCAAGCGGCCGCUGCUGCUGUUUGCCAGCCCCUGGACCGCCCCAGCCUGGAUGAAGAGUAACGGGGACGUCCGUGGGAAGGGGACUCUGAAGGGGAAGGCAGGGGACAAGUACCACAAGACCUGGGCCAACUACUUCAUCAAGUUCCUGGAUGAAUAUGCAAAACGCAACGUGACCUUCUGGGCGGUGACGGCCCAGAACGAGCCGCUGGCGGGGCUCUUCACGCCCCCCCAAGCCCCCACCAUCGCCUUCACGGCCGCCCAGCAGCGGGAUUUCAUCGCGCAGGACCUGGGCCCCGCGCUGGCCCGCAGCCCCCACCGCACACGGCUCCUCAUGCUCGACGACCAGCGCAUCCACCUCCCGCACUGGGCCAAAGUGGUGCUGGGAAAUGCUACAGCUGCCCGUUACGUGGCUGGCCUGGCUGUCCACUGGUACCUGGACGCCAUCGUCCCACCUGCCUGGAGCCUGGAGGCCACCCACAAGCUCUUCCCUGACCAUUUCCUCCUCUACACCGAGGCCUGCACUGGCUUCUUCAUGUUCCGCUUCGCCGUGUCCCUGGGCUGCUGGGAGCGAGGAGACCACUACAGCUACAGCAUCCUGACGGUCAUGAACCACUUUGUGUCUGGUUGGACCGACUGGAACCUGGCCCUGGACCUGGACGGAGGCCCCAACUGGGUCAAGAACUUUGUGGACAGCCCCGUCAUCGUGGACGGCAGCAAGGAUGUUUUCUACAAGCAGCCCAUGUUCUACCACCUGGGGCACUUCAGGUGGGUCAGGGGGGCUCAGGUGUGGCCACUAGCCCCAGACCAGGGGCAGAACCCCUCUCCUGGUCCUCUCCCCACAGCAAGUUCAUCCCCGCGGGCUCCCGGCGCGUGGGGCUGCACAGCAGCCGCCGCUGCCUCCUCUGCCAGCUGGAGCACGUGGCCGUCCUGCGCCCCGACGGUGCCCUUGUCCUGGUGGUCCUCAACAGCAUCCCCUCCCAUCAGGCACAGCCGGGACACGGGACCUGCCACUGCUGCCACAGAGACGCAGCAGCGAGAGGUGGUUUGGAGGCAGCGUGUCCAUCGGCAUUGUCGGAGCCGCUGCAGCAGAGGUGCCAUGGGGCCAGGCUGUGCCAGUGUCCUGGGCUGGCUCCUGCUGGCACAGGCAGCCCUGCAGGUCACAGGUGGCCGUCCCUGUGAUGCCAAGGAUUUUGGGCAUGGCUCACUGGUCUGUGCCUGCAGUGCCACGUACUGUGACACUCUGGACCCCCUGGUCCUGCCAGCCCCUGGCUCCUACAUCAAAUAUGAGAGCAGCAAGGCUGGCAAGAGGCUGGAGCGGAGCCAGGGGAGCUUCCAGCACAACACCAAGAGCCCAGAUUUCCACCUCACCCUGGACACAACACAGAGGUACCAGAAGGUGAAGGGCUUUGGUGGCUCCAUCACUGACGCAGCUGCCAUCAACAUCCAGUCCCUGUCCAAGGCUGCCCAGAACCACCUGCUCCGCUCCUACUUCUCCGAGGAAGGCAUUGAGUACAACCUUGUGCGUGUGCCCAUGGCCAGCACUGACUUCUCCAUCCGCCUGUACACCUACGCUGACGCCGAGGGCGACUUCGAGCUGAGGCACUUCAACCUGACCGAGGAGGACACGCACAUGAAGAUCCCCAUCCUCCAAGCAGCGCAGGCAGUGGCCAAGCGGCCGCUGUCUCUGUAUGCCAGCCCUUGGACCUCCCCGGUGUGGAUGAAGACGAAUGGAGCAAUGACAGGGAGGGGAACACUGAAGGGCAGCCCUGGGGACAAGUACCACCGGGCCUGGGCCAAGUACUUUAUCCGGUUCCUGGAUGAAUACGCCAAGCACAACCUGACCUUCUGGGCAGUGACAGCAGGGAACGAGCCCACGGCUGGUGAGAUUGUCUUCUACCCCUUCCAGUGCCUGGGCUUUUCCCCUGAGCACCAGAGGGACUUCAUUGCCCAGGACCUGGGCCCGGCGCUGGCCAACAGCUCCCACCGCCACGUCCAGCUCAUCAUCCUGGAUGACCAGAGGGUGAUGCUGCCCUACUGGGCCGAGGUGGUUCUCAAAGACCCUGUGGCUGCCAGCUACAUCAGCGGCAUCGGCAUCCACUGGUACCUGGAUUUUCUGGCACCCAUCGACCUGACACUCACCAUCACCCAUCACCUCUUCCCAGACUAUUUCCUCCUCUCCACGGAGGCCUCCACAGGCUCCUACUUCUGGGAGCCCAGGGUGGUCCUGGGUGGCUGGGAGCGUGGGAGCAAGUACAGCCACAGCAUCCUGUCGAACCUCAACAACUACGUGACAGGCUGGACCGACUGGAACCUGGCCCUAGACAUGGAGGGAGGCCCCAACUGGAGCAAGAACUAUGUGGACAGCCCCGUCAUCGUGGACAGCAGCAAGGAUGUCUUCUACAAACAGCCCAUGUUCUACCACCUGGGGCACUUCAGUAAGUUCAUCCCCGAGGGCUCCCAGCGGGUGGGACUGGCUGUCUCCAAGAAGUGCCACCGGUGUGACCUGGAGCACUCUGCUUUCCUGCGCCCCGACGGUGCCGUGGUGCUGGUGGUCCUGAACCGCUCCCCCACGGAUGUGUCCUUUGGGAUCUCUGACCCACACGUCGGCUUCAUCGAGGCCGUGGCUCCCAGCGACUCCAUCCAGACUUUCCUCUGGAAGCAGCCAGCCUAGCCUGGCAGAGGAGGGAGGUGCCAGAGCCAGGAACACUCUGCUGGUGGCAGCUUGGAGAGAAGACUCCAAUGGGGUUGGGGCUGCAGCACAGCCCCUGCACCCCAGAGGACCUGUAUGACCCUAGGGCUGCAAAGCCUGUGCUUUUCUAGAUGUUUCAUAAAAUAAACAGGUUUUCUACAAACCUGCCUGAA